GCUGCGGUGGCCCUGAGGACUCUGCGGGGAUGCGGUGGCCGGCGGGACAGCCCAUGGCAGCGCGGCGGGGCCGCGGGGGCUCUGCCGGCAGCGUGCUGGGGCUGAGCCGCUCGGCGCUGCAGCUGCCGGCGCUCUGGUGGUGGUACCUGUUCCUGAGCGCCGAUGCCCAGGAGGUGGCCACGUUCACGGUGCAGUACCGGGUGCUGGAGGAGGUGCCCCCGGGGACCGUCAUAGGGAGCCUGGCCGAGCACUUCGAGGGCGGCGAGAGCGGCGAGGCGGCCGAGACCUUCCAGCUGAUGGAGACCCCCGGGAGGUUCCCGCUGCGUGUGGGCAGCGGGGAUGGGGUGCUGAGCACGGCCGGGCGCGUGGACAGGGAGCAGCUGUGCCGCCACGCCGAUCCCUGCUGGGUGUCCUUCGACGUGCUGGCAGCCCAGAACCCGGCCCUGAUCCACGUGGAGGUUCAGGUGGUGGACAUCAACGACAACGCGCCGCGCUUCCCCACGCCCGAGCUGGAGCUGGAGAUCUCGGAGAGCGCGUCCCUGCGGACUCGGAUCCCGCUGGAUCGAGCCAUGGAUGCUGACGCCGGCCCCAACGCCCGCUGCUCCUACGCCCUCUCCCCCAGCGAACACUUUGCUCUGGAGGUCGUCUCCGGCUCCGACGGGACGAGGCACGCGGAGCUCGUCGUGGUUAAGGAGGUGGACCGGGAGCUGCACUCCUCCUUCGACCUCGUGCUGACAGCCACAGAUCACGGGGAGCCACCAAAAUCAGGUACUGCUUUGAUUAAAGUCAUUGUCCUCGACUCCAACGACAACAGCCCCGUGUUUGCAGAGAGCUCCCUGACGGUGGAGGUUCGGGAGGACGCCCAGCCCGGGACCCUGCUGGUGACAGUCACGGCCACUGACCCCGACCAGGGUCCCAACGGGGAGAUCGAGUACAGCCUGAGCAGGCACGCACCCCCUGAGGUGCUGAGCACCUUCAGCAUCGACGCCCGCACGGGCAGCAUCCUCCUGAGGCUCCCUCUGGACUAUGAGGAGACCCACGCCUACGAGCUGGAUGUGCAGGCGCGGGACCUCGGCGCCAACCCCAUCCCGGCGCACUGCAAGGUCCUGGUCAAGGUCCUGGAUGUCAACGACAACGCUCCUGACGUCCACGUCACCUGGGCCACGCGGGUGCCCGUGCUGUCUGAGGCCCUCCCCAAGGACAGCUUUGUGGCCCUGGUGACAGCCAGCGACCCCGACUCGGGAAGCAACGGGCAGGUGCUCUGCUCCCUCAGCCAGGGGUACGAGCACUUCAGGCUGAAGAGGACCAACAGCCACAGCUUCGCUCUGCUGACCAACGCCUCGCUGGACCGCGAGCGGCGCGCCGAGUACAACCUGACGCUGGUGGUGCGGGACAUGGGGGACCUGUCCCUGGCAGUGCUGAAACACCUCACCAUCUGCAUCAGCGAUGUCAAUGACAACGCCCCGGCCUUUGAGAAGGCUGCCUACGAGGCUGCUGUUGCUGAGAACAGUGAAGCCCCUGCCUUUCUGCUCACUGUCCAUGCCACCGACCCUGACCUGGGCUUCAAUGGGAAAGUCACCUACAGGAUCCUGGACCCUUCUGCUUUGGGGCUGGUCUCAGUCGACCCCGUCACUGGGGAUGUUUUUGCCCUCCAAGCUUUUGAUUACGAGCAGGUGAGGAGCCUGGAGUUCCUGGUGACAGCGGAGGAUGGAGGGCAUCCCAAGCUGGCAUCCAACAUCUCCAUCAGGCUGGCUGUGCUCGACCGGAAUGACAAUGCACCCAUCAUCACCGUGCCAGCGCUGGUGGGAGGGGUGGCCACGCUCUCCGUCCUGGUCAAUGUGGACACUGGGUGCUGCUGGGUGGUCCCUGGGAACGGGAGCACACAAGGGGCUGUGGCAGUGACCAACUCCACACUUGUGUCAUGCCCUGGCAGCCCCUUCCUCUUCACCAUCGUGGCCAGGGAUAUGGACUCCGGCGUCAAUGGGGCUCUCCGGUAUGAGCUGCUGGGUGGGGAUGAUAGCGGGCUCUUCAUCCUGGACCCCCUCCUGGGGCAGGUGUCCCUCAACACCAGCAACGCCAGCAGCCUGGCCGGCAGCCAGCGGGAGCUGCUGGUCCGGGUGAGCGACCAGGGGGACACCCCCCUGCACACCCUGGCCCGGCUCCGCUUGCUUUUCCGGCAUCAUGGGGCCUUCUCCAAGAUGUCAGCACGGGAUCCCGGCUGGCCCAGCCUGUCCGUGGUGCUCAUCAUCUGCCUGGCCGCUCUGCUGGGCGCCUGCCUGCUGCUGCUGGCCCUGACCCUGUCCCUGCGCAAGAAGGACAAGAAGGACGGCAUGGCCUACAACUGCCGGGAGGCCGAGGACGCCCGCAGGCAGCAGCAGCUCAAGAAGCCGCACAGGCAGAUC